ACAGGAAGGUCACACCAUCCCCCACCAUCAUCAGGGUGAAGAUCUGACAGAUGUAAAAGUUGAAGUUAAAGCAGAAGAAGAAGAGACGUAUGUGAGGGAUGAUCAGCAGUCUAUGGAGAAGGCUGGAAAAACGGGGACACUUAUAGAGGAGGACACUCCUACAGAGAUUCCUCAGAGCUCUCAGACGGGGGAGAAGCCGUAUUCCUGUCCUCAGUGCGGGAGAUCUUUUUUACACAAGUCCUAUCUUAUCAUACAUGAAAGGUGUCACACGGGCGAGAAGCCUUAUUCUUGUUCCGAGUGCGGGAAAUGUUUUACAAAAUCCUCAAAUCUUGUUACACAUCAAAGGUCUCACACGGGAGAAAGGCGGUAUUCCUGCCUUGAGUGCGGGAAAUGUUUUUUAGUUAAGUCGCAUCUUUACAGACAUCAGAGAGUGCACACGGGUGAGAAGCCGUAUUCCUGCAAUCAGUGCGAGAAAAGUUUUUCGGUGGAGUCGCACCUUUACACACAUCAGAGGUCGCACACGGGUGAGAAGCCGUAUUCCUGCCCUGAGUGCGGGAAAAGUUUUCCAAGAAAAACGCACCUGGUCAUACAUCACAGGUCCCACACGGGGGAAAAACCGUAUUCCUGUUCUGAGUGCGGGAAAUGUUUCAUAGACAAGUCCUCUCUUAACAGACAUCAGAGAUCUCACACGGGGGAGAAACCGUAUUCCUGUCCUGAGUGCGGGAAAGGUUUUACGCAGAAGUGCAAUCUUUACUCGCAUCGAAGAUCUCACCUGGGGGAGAAGCCACUUUUCCCUGAAUGCUCUGCGGAUGUGGUCAAACCCCUGUCAUCCAUACAAGCAAAGCAGGACUGCCGAUCUUGCAUUUUGUAUAAUGACUCUUAUCCUGAGGAACCUCAGACUGUGCGGGAUGGUGCCGUCCUUCUAACGGAUAAGAGGUUUUCCUGUCCAGAGUGCGGAAAGUGUUUCUAUUCUAAAUCUAAACUUAAUGUGCAUAAAAAAGGAUCUCACACAAGUGAGAAGCCACAUUCGUGCCCUGAGUGCGGGAAAUGUUUUUUAAGGAAGUCCCAUCUUUCCAUACAUCAAAGAUCUCACACGGGUGAAAAGCCGUAUUCCUGUCCUGAGUGCGAAAAAUGUUUUUCAAGGAAGUCCCAUCUUGACAGACAUCAGAGAUUGCAUACAGAGGAGAAGCCGUAUUCCUGUCCUGAGUGCGAGAAAUGUUUUGUACAAAAAUCUGAUCUUUUCACACAUCAGAGAUCACACACAGGUGAAAAGCCGUAUACCUGUCCUGAGUGCGGGAAAUGUUUUUUAAGGAAGUCCCAUCUUUCCAUACAUCAAAGAUCUCACACGGGAGAGAAACCAUAUUCCUGUCCUGUGUGCGAGAAAUGUUUUUCACAGAACUCCAACCUCAUCAUACACCAGAGAUCUCACACUGGCGAGAAGCCUUAUUCUUGUUCCGAGUGCGAGAAAUGUUUUGUAAAAGCAUCAAAUCUUGUUACACAUCAACGAUCUCACACGGGAGAAAGACGGUAUUCCUGUCCUGAGUGUGGGAAAUGUUUUUUAGUGAGGUCACAUCUUUACAGACAUCAGAGAUUGCACACAGGUGAGAUGCCCUAUUCCUGUCCUGAGUGCGGGAAAUGUUUUUCAGUGGAGUCGCAUCUUUACUCACAUCAGAGAUCGCACACGGGUGAGAAGCCGUUUUCCUGUCCUGAGUGCGGGAAAUGUUUUUCAUUGAAGUCCAAUCUUUAUAGGCAUCAGAGAUCUCACACGGGAGAGAGGCCGUAUUCCUGUCCGGAGUGCGGGAAAUGUUUUCUAGAAAAAGCAGAACUCGUCACGCAUCAAAGGUCUCACACGGGGGAGAAGCCUUUUUCCUGUCCUGAGUGUAGAAAAUGUUUUGCAGGGAAGUCCAAUCUUUACAAACAUCAAAAGUCUCACUUGGGGAAGAAGUUACCUUCCUGUCCUGAGUGAGGGAAAUGUUCCUCACUGAAGUCCUGUCUUCCUGUACAUCAGGGGUCCCACA